GUUCGUUAUUAUGGAGAUUCUUAUCUAGAAUUUCAGAAUGUGGUUUUAAAUCCACAAAAUAACAUCUCCCUAGAAUUUCAGACCUUCAGCUCCUAUGGACUUCUGCUGUAUGUCAAGCAAGACUCAAAUUUAGUAGAUGGAUUUUUUAUUCAAUUGUUUAUUGAAAAUGGUACUUUAAAGUACCACUUUUACUGUCCUGGUGAAGCAAAAUUUAAAAGCAUUAAUACCACUGUUAGAGUGGACAACGGGCAAAAGUAUACACUGCUUAUCAGGCAAGAAUUGGAUCCAUGUAAAGCUGAGCUGACUAUUUUAGGGAGGAAUACACAAACAUGCGAAUCUAUCAAUCAUGUACUCGGAAAACCCCUGCCAAAAUCAGGAUCUGUCUUCAUUGGUGGAUUUCCAGACCUUCAUGGGAAAAUCCAGAUGCCUGUACCAGUCAAGAAUUUUACUGGCUGCAUAGAAGUUAUAGAAAUAAAUAACUGGAGAUCUUUCAUUCCAUCCAAGGCAGUGAAAAACUAUCACAUUAACAAUUGCAGAUCCCAGGGAUUUAUGCUGUCUCCAACAGCCUCCUUUGUUGAUGCUUCUGAUGUGACACAAGGGGUUGAUACCAUGUGGACUUCUGUCAGCCCCUCUGUUGCAGCACCCUCUGUGUGCCAGCAGGAUGUAUGCCACAAUGGAGGCACAUGCCAUCCCAUCUUCCUCUCCAGUGGCAUAGUGUCAUUCCAAUGUGACUGUCCACUACAUUUCACUGGCCGCUUCUGUGAAAAAGAUGCAGGUUUAUUUUUUCCAUCUUUCAAUGGGAAUUCCUAUUUAGAACUGCCCUUUUUGAAGUUUGUCCUGGAGAAGGAACAUAACAGAACUGUUACCAUCUACUUGACUAUAAAAACAAACAGUUUAAAUGGAACUAUUCUUUACAGUAAUGGGAAUAAUUUUGGAAAGCAGUUUCUUCAUUUAUUUCUUGUGGAAGGAAGGCCAUCAGUUAAAUAUGGAUGUGGAAAUUCUCAAAAUAUUUUGACUGUUUCUGCUAAUUACAGCAUUAACACAAAUGCAUUCACCCCUAUCACAAUACGCUACACAACGCCUGUUGGCAGCCCUGGAGUUGUUUGUAUGAUUGAAAUGACUGCAGAUGGAAAACCUCCAGUACAGAAGAAAGACACAGAGAUUUCCCAGGCCUCUCAGGCAUAUUUUGAAUCAAUGUUCCUUGGCCAUAUUCCUGCAAAUGUUCAAAUUCAUAAGAAAGCAGGUCCUGUUUAUGGGUUCAGGGGCUGCAUUCUAGACCUUCAAGUAAACAACAAAGAAUUCUUCAUCAUCGAUGAAGCACGACAUGGAAAGAAUGUUGAGAACUGCCACGUCCCUUGGUGUGCUCAUCAUCUGUGCCGCAACAAUGGCACCUGCAUCAGGAAACAAAGCCCACCAGAAGCUACACAGCACAUGCCGGGGCCCAAAGUCCCAAAGAUCGAGUCACAGAUGCGUCAGCGGAAGCGUGAACCAACAAGAAUUGCCACCUCAUAUGUCCGAACCCAGUCACCAAUCACAAAACCAUACUACCAGGAUAUCUGUAAUUAA